AUGCAAAUAUCUGCCCUCAUCACCCUUUUCUCCCUUGCCAUUGGCACAAACGCCUGGGCCCAAGCCGGAAACGGAGAAUGGAUCGCCAAUAAUAAGAUCUAUGAUGUUACCAACUCUGGAUUUGCCAAGGCUACUAUGGAAGCUUGCACAUACAGAAACACAGAGACCCGCGUUCCUAUCGGCCAACCCUGCAAGUACUGGUUGGAUGGUAACGGAAGAAUUGGGUCUGGAGUUUGCCGGGAGGAUCAGUAUAUGUACUACUGCGCCUAA